AUGUCCAAGCCUGUGAACCUGCGGCUGGUGGAGGAGACAGUGAGGGUCCACGGCUUGGAGGAGCCAGUGACCUUCGGGGACGUGACAUUAAACUUCACCAAGGAGGAGUGGAGCCUGCUGGACCUCGAGCAGAGGCAUCUCUACCGAGACGUGAUGCUGGAGAACUUCCGGAACCUGGCCUGCAUAGAUCAGGCGAUUCAACCUAAAACCAAAGACUCGGUCUCUCAGCAGGACAUUCUUGCUAAAAAGACACUCCACACAGCCAGCGGAGUGUGUCUCACGAGCAACAGUGCUGCCUUAGGAGGAGACUGGGAAUGCCCCCGAACACAGGAGCCCCACGGGCAGAGGGGGCAGGAAGGGCAGCCCACUGCAGCUGCCCGAGAGGAGGACAAGUCCCUGGCUCGAGACUUUGCAUAUCCCAAAAUGAGGGAGCGCCUUGCAUCAAGCUCCAAGCUCGUGCCUUCACGGGGAGAUUCCACAAGAAAAUACAGCCUCCCCAAUAUUUGGAAGCCAAAUUGUGCCUUACCAAGUAACCACACAACCUCUGAAAACAGCAAGGACGGUAGAGGAUUGAGGCAGAACGUCCCAUCAGCUCCAAGGGAGGGAGCUCCAACAGACGCGAAAUCCAACAUGCGGGUUGACACCCAGAACCAUGGGCUUCGUCUUCACGAUGAAAAGUGUGCGGGCGCUGCCGUCCCUGGUUGGGAUCCACUGGGGAAAGUCUUCGCCAAAGGCGGUGCCCUUGGGACACACGAGACUCACGUCAAAAAGAAAACGUUCACGUCGAACGCCUUUGAAAACACCUCUCGAAGCUGCUCGCUCCGUGGUGUGCGGAUGCCAUCUCAUACGGCAGGGGCAGAUAAUGGGAACAAUCAAAGUGGGAAAACCUCUGCCCACGUUGCAGUGUCUGAGUCCCACAGGAGCACCAGGACCGGAGAGAAGAACUAUAAGUGUGAAGACUGCAGGAGGGCCUUUGCUUACCACUCCUUCCUUAUGCAACACAUGAAAAUCCACACUGGAGAGAAACCCUAUGAAUGUGAGAUGUGCGGAAAAGCCUUUCGAUAUUCCUUACACCUCAAUAAACAUUUAGCAAGGCACAUGGCGGAGAAGUCCCAUAAAUGUAAGGAGUGUGGGAAAGCCUUCCGGAAGUCCUCAGGCCUGACCAAACAUGUGAGGAUUCACACUGGAGAGAGGCCCUAUGUCUGUAAGGUAUGUGGAAGAGGCUUCGCUGGUCAUUCAGGACUUAAAAGCCAUCUAAAGAAGCACAACUGA